AUGGCAACUAGAAAGUCCGCCAAAGCUCUUAUCGCUCUAUCCUGCCCCUUCGUGGGCCACAGCAAGUCUUUCAGAUGUCCCGCAGACGUGACUGUAGAAUAUCAACCAGAGAAGCACGAUCCCCUUAAACAGGAGGAGGAGAAGAUGUCGUGUAUGAAACAGGAGACGGAGCCAGAGACUCCCUUCAUUAAAGAAGAAGAACAGGAAGAUGAAAUCCCCAAGUUUCCAAUGGGUGUUCGUGUGAAAAUAGAAGAAGACGAAGGUCCAAGCGAAGAAGGCGGAUCAGCGAAACAUUCGAGUGACGGCUCAUUUCAACACCUGACAACAAGAAGAGAGAGACGAUCGCAACCGGACAACCUCUUGGCUCCGGUUUCGGACAGCGACGACUGUCCCACAGACGUCACUGUCGAAGAUCUUCACUCUGAAAAGUGCAAUCCCCUCCACAUCAAAAUGGAGGAGGAGUCGGAGAUGCCAUACGUCAAACAGGAGGCGGAGCCAUGGACGCCCUACUUGAAAGAAGAAAAGCAGGAAAAUGAAAUCACCAAAUUUCCAAUGACUGUCAGUGUGAAGAGUGAAGAAGGUCCCAGGGAAGAGAGCGGCGCAGCGAAACAUUCGAGUGACAGCUCCUUUCAGCACCUGACAACAGAAGAUGAGGGACGAUCACAACCGGAUAGCUUCUUAGCUCCACUUUCGGACAGCGAUGACGUAACGUCACACUCUUCUGACUUUAAUACUGCUGGGGAGGAUGAUGACUUUGACCAAAAUGCUUCAAAAUCCUUAAAUGAGUCAUCAUUGAAAAAAGACACUCAAGAAAGCGCAGUGAGGAAAUCUUUUCCCUGCUCACUUUGUGAUAAAACAUUUUCUUGGAAGCAUCAUUUAAAAACACACAUGCGUACACACACCGGUGAGAAGCCUUUUGGCUGCACGUUUUGUGGUAAAAGAUUCGCCGACAAGGGAUAUUUGAACGAACACACAAGAACACACACUGGGGAAAAGCCUUUCCUCUGCACAAUUUGCGAUAAAAGAUUUUCUCAGAAGACUUAUUUAAGAAAGCAUCAGCGUACACACACUGGGGAGAAGCCUUUCGCCUGUACACAUUGCGAUAAAAGAUUUUUUCGGAAGACUUGUUUAAAUAGACAUAAACGUACUCACACUGGAGAAAAGCCUUUCGCUUGCACACUUUGCGAUAAAAGAUUCACCGAGAAGGGAAGUUUAAACAAACACACUAGCAAGCACACUGGAGAGAAGCCUUUCGCCUGCACACUUUGCGAUAAAAGAUUUUUUAAGGAGAGUGAUCUAAAAAAUCAUCAGCGCACACACACUGGAGAGAAGCCUUUUGCCUGCUCACUGUGUGGUAAAAGAUACUUCACAAAGGCAAAUUUAAGCGUUCACAUAAGAACACACACUAAACAGAAGCCCUUCGUCUGCACACUUUGUGAUAAAAGAUUUAAUCAGAAGGCUCAUUUAGAAGUGCAUCAGCGUACACACAGUGGAAAGAAGCCUUUCGUCUGCGCAAUUUGUGGUAAAAGAUUCGCCGAGAAGGGAAAUUUAAACGCACACACAAGCACCCACACUGGAGAGAAGCCUUUCGCCUGCACUUUUUGCGACAAAAGAUUUUCUCAGAAGAGUCAUUUAGAAGGACACACACAUACACACACUGGAGAAAAGCCUUUUCCCUGCUCAGUUUGUCACAAAAGAUUCCGUCAGAAGGGAAGUUUAAACAAACACGCACGCACACACACUGGGGAGAAA